AAUAAGCAAGCACUGGAACAGAGGCCUGGAAAGGUUCUAUAAUCUUUUUCUUUGAAGAUAUCAAAACUUCUACUGAGUGAGGAUCUGAGCAACCUGAUCGAACUUUGGAGUUACCUUACCUGGGACCAGGUGGCUGCACUAGAUGACAUCCCACCGGAAACUCCUUCCAACCUAAAUUAUUCUGUGGUGAGAGACACCUAUUUCUGAGCAAUACAAACAGAGUGAUUUUAACACAUCAUCUGCUAGUGAACAGAGGCAUCGUGGACUGCACAGCCAGGCUGCCACAAGAGGGAGGAAAUGCUGGGUUUUCAACAAGGCACGGCAAAUGACUUGUGGGGCUCCCACGUGGGCGCAGCUGAGCUGAAAGCUCGUUCACAGACCUUGCAGCUCGCAAAGUGGCAAUUUCCAAAUGCCUGUUGUGUGUGCAGCCUGUGACAUGAGUUAAACAAAUAGCAGAGGUUUCUUGGCUGCUGCUGUGAUGCCAAGCAGAUCUGGUGCCAAGCUUCAGCUGUUGUAUCCAACACAGUGGAAUGUGGAUUUCGACUCAGCUGCAUUAUCUGAAGAAGAAUAGGGUGAAUCCAAGCUUUUAGCAGUGGUCAUCAAGGAAGUUUCUAUCUAAGGUUCUGGUCACCUUGUGUUGUCUGUUGCAACCAAGAUGCUGCCAUGAUCUGAGAAUUCACACAAGCCUUAUCAGAAGGAGAGGCAUUCAACUCUGCCUGUACUGUUAAGCCUACAGCCUCUGCAGACUGGAAAUUUUGCUGUUUCAUUGUUGUCAGUGAACAAUUGUGGUAUUCCUGUGCUUUAGCACUUUUUCCACUGGAAAAUGGAAGUGAAGAGAAAUACAGCAGAGUUGUUGUGGCUGUUGAUGUUCUUUUCUGAUAUUGUGCCAUUCAGCUGUGAGAAAUCAAUGAGAGAAAGAGCUAUGGAGCUGAUGCAAGAUGCACGUUUAAUCGAUGGCCACAAUGACUUUGUACUGCAGCUGAGAAUACUUUACCAAAAUAGACUCAGUAGAGUCAACUUAAGAGAACUCAACACGACCCACACAAACCUUGUGAAACUUCAGGCUGGUUAUGUGGGAGCUCAGUUUUGGUCAGUGUAUGUUCUUUGCAGCGCUCAGAACAAGGAUGCUGUGCGCCUGACCUUAGAGCAAAUCGAUGUUGUCAAGAGGAUGUGUAACAGCUAUGAAGAGCUGGAACUUGUGAUGACUUCCCAAGGUAUCUCUGACAGUAGAAAGAUUGCAUGUUUGAUUGGAAUAGAAGGUGGCCACUCCAUUGACAGCAGUUUGGCAACACUGAGGAUGUACUAUGACUUGGGUGUUCGUUACAUGACUUUAACACAUUCCUGCAACACUCCUUGGUCUGAAUCAUCAUCUAAAGGAAUACACAACUUUUAUCCUAGUGUUAUUGGUCUGACUGCAUUUGGCCAAGAAGUGGUAAAGGAGAUGAAUCGCCUGGGUAUGCUGAUAGAUUUAUCUCAUACCUCAUAUUCCACAGCAAAAGCUGCACUCAAUAUCUCAAAAGCACCAGUAAUUUUCAGCCACUCCUCAGCAUUUUCUGUUUGUAAUCACUCAAGAAAUGUUCCUGAUGAUAUUCUCCAGCAACUGAAAAAGAACAAGGGAAUUGUCAUGGUGACUUUCAAUGCAGAUGUACUGGCCUGUGGAAGAAAAGUUGUUAAUAUUUCUACCCUUGCAGAUCAUUUUGACCAUAUAAAGAAAAUUGCAGGCUCAGAAUCGAUAGGAAUUGGUGGUGACUAUGAUGGAGUGGAACGUUUCCCUGAGGGAUUGGAAGAUGUCUCUAAAUACCCUUCUUUGAUAGAGGAACUUCUUAGAAGAGGAUGGAAUGAAACUGAACUGAAAGGAGUCUUAAGGGAGAACUUUCUCCGUGUCUUCAGGGAAGUGGAAAAUGUGCGGAACAUGUUUGGAGUAAUGGACACAGGUGAAAGUGAAAUUUUGCAAGAAGUACAAAAUUCCUGUCGCCUGGACCUACGUAAGCUUCAGCUUCAGCCAGCCAGGUCCUUUGGAUUUCCUUCUGUGGCACAACCUUUUAGUCUGACACUUGUAUCCUGUUUAAUGGUGUAUUCUGUAUCAUAAGAUCUAUGGAAUCUAGAGAGAGAUUUAUGGAGUACUCUGCAAUGCAACUACCUAUCUUUCUGUGUUUUGUUAAUGGAAAACUGUAAUAAAUUUUAAAUAUAAUUUCUAUAAAUUCACCUGCAUACUUGAAAAUUAAUGUAAAUUAUAAAUGAUGUAGCAAAAGCAUUUGGAAUUUGAAGUGAUAAAUUCUGUGUCAUCUUGGCUAGACCAGGACCAACAUUGUUAAUAGAAAGUAUUCACAACUAAAGAAUAAAUUCUGUAAUACUUGAUGCAUGGUUUUGGUACCCGCGUUGUGGCAUAAAUACUGGAGUCCAGAACCAGCAGUUCCACACAGGAAAUAGAGAUUAUGAUUCAGACAGCUGUGCCAAGAAGUCUUCAAAUAUUACUUCUUGUUAAAUCAUGCAACUACCAUCAACAGUUGAUGGCUUACUCAGAGAAGACCAGCCCCUGCCACAUGGGGAAGAGUGCUUUUAUGAUUUGCUUGGGGUUUGGUUUUGUUUUGUUUUUUAAGACAACAAGAUGGGUGAGAAGCCUAUUCCAGUUUGGACUGCAUGCCUACCACUAACUUUAGAGACCCGUCCUGCAGUACUAAACUCUUAUUUUUGAACCCUGACCAGGACAGUGGACAACUGGGAAGUUACUGAAGGGUGGACGGAGAUCUCUUGCAUUCGGGUGCAGGCAACGUUGUAGAUACUUUUCUAUAAUUUGGGGACAGCUGUUUGCAACAUUUUCAUGAUGAUGGGAGCAAGAACAAGCCAGGACAAAGCAGGAAUUCUGACUAGUAAGAGAGUUGUGGAAAUAUUUUUGUCAUUUAAACCAUUAUCCUUAUCAGCAUCGUGUUUUAUUAUUUCAUUUUUUAUUCUAGCUGGCUAAAAUCAGACCAUGGCCAAUGGAUUCAUAGACAUGAGAUUAGACAGAGAUCAUUUUAUAUAAAUCUGCUGUUUCGGCCUUUGGAAUAUGUUUCGAAAUACAGCAGGUAUGUGAGGUUAGAAGCUCCUGUUGCAGAGAAGAGCAUAUAUUGAGAUAGGCUGUUCUUGGAAGGCUCAAAACUGACAUUUUAGUCAAAUAUACUGGGAUUCAUGGUGAAAUUAUAAGAUGGCAGCACUACAUCUUUGUCGGGUCAGUUCCCAGUGCUUGCUGGUAAAUGCUUUUCUACGAUAUUUGUUGUUAAUUGUGAUUUUACAAUACCAAUAUUUAUUUACUGAUAUGACAUCCACAGAAUUUAACCGUAGUGUAGAAUAAAAGCCCUGUAAUUGAUCUAAGGGAAGCACUUGUAAACACACAAAGUAUUUAACAACUGAAAGAGAAGGCUGAGCAUGUACAGAAUGGAAAAACAGCAAGUUAGUUUUUUUCUAGAGGCAUUUGAGACUGUUCCUACCAUCCAUUUCUGCAUUCCAUGUACAAGUAGGAUUUCUGGAAGGACACUUUUUUUAUAGCUUCAAAAUUAAGCCUCAUUAAUUAUUUUGAUAAGAUCGUGUCCUUGAUAAAUAUAUUGUCACUAUAUUCCUGUAUGUUACCAAAUUCUUUACAAAUCAUGUGGAACAAUCUAGUUGCACACAAGCCAACUUUUUAAGAAUAGUUUCUCAAUAAAAACUGAUCCUGGUAAUGCACAUAGAAAAGGGAAUUACUGACUCAGAAGUCUGGCCUCCCUGAUAUUGCUUGACUGGCAUCAGAACGUAUUUUUACUGGUAAAAUGAUUAAUUCAAUAGGGCAAAUGUUUACUUCCCAUCAAUAUUUCUUCUAAUGGGUUCAUAAACCAUUGGAAAACUGCCAUCCAUGGUCUCUUUUUUCAUAACUAGUAUUCUGAUAGGUGUUUCAUUACAUACUUGAAAUGUAAGAUGCUUCUUUAUUCCUUCCAGCUUCCAGUUUUCUUUAUACUGUGUUGUCACUGCCUGCUAAUUUUUACUUUUUUACCUUCCCAUACUACAGCAUAUAAUACUACUACAAUAUAAAAAUAUAUAUUCCUUUCCUUAAAGACACAGAAAAUACUUUUAUAUGUUUCAUCUUACCUAUUAUAUUUUGCGCCUAUUUGCUGACUGCUUGUGCAAUGAGUAAUUUGUAACCUUGUGGCAAAACAUAGACAUGAAAUUUCAAUAAAAUAUUGUUUAAAACUUGUAA